UGUUUACGUCAACUCCUAGUCGGCCAUUUUGCAAGACAGUCUGGUCAGGAGGUGAACGUAAACAUUGGUUUGUAUAGAAGUAAAAAAACAUUAUUUAAACGCAAUGUCGCUCACAAAUAGAUCGAGUGGUCUCGUUCAGCGUAAAACAGCAACUGUGCAACAUGUCGGAGCGGAUGGGGGAGCAGAAGAGCGAGACGACGAGGGAUAUACCCCAGACGAAGAAGAAGACCACGAAUCGAAGGAAACCAGAUUGACUCUAAUGGAAGAAAUUCUAUUGCUCGGACUUAAAGACAGAGAGGGUUACACAUCAUUUUGGAAUGAUUGCAUUUCAUCAGGGUUACGAGGUUGCAUACUAAUAGAACUAGCUCUCAGAGGGCGCUUGGAACUGGAAAAAGCUGGGAUGCGCAGAAGAAGUCUUCUUAACCGAAAAGUUUUACUAAAGUCCUCAAAUCCAACUGGAGAUGUCUUACUGGACGAAGCUCUGAAACACAUAAAAGAAACAGACCCAGCAGAAACUGUCCAAAUCUGGAUUGAGUAUCUCAGUGGUGAGACCUGGAAUCCCCUGAAACUAAGGUAUCAGCUGAGGAAUGUCCGUGAGAGAUUGGCCAAGAAUUUAGUGGAGAAAGGAGUAUGUACCACAGAAAAACAGAAUUUUCUUUUGUUUGACAUGACAACACAUCCACUGACUGAUGGUGGCAUCAAGCAAAAACUUAUUAAAAAAGUCCAGGAAUCUGUGUUAAGUCGCUGGACUAACAAUGCACAGAAGAUGGACAGGCGAAUGCUUUCUCUCAUCUACCUGGCUCAUGCCUCAGACGUCCUUGAAAAUGCCUUCGCUCCGUUAUCAGAUGAUGAUUAUGAAGUGGCAAUGAAGCGUGUGAGAGAGUUACUUGACCUUGAAUUUGAUGCUGAGAGUAUGAAGGAGGGUGCAAAUGAACUCAUGUGGGCUGUGAUAGCAGCUUUUAGCAAAUAAGCUAAAUUAAUGAUAAGUGGGUGAAAAUGUGGGACACUAAUUUAAUGAGAGAACUGUAUAAUGUUCAACUUGAUUUUUUUUUUCAUUGUUAUGGUAUUCAUAUACUGAAUAAACAAAAUAGAGUGAAAGAUAAUGUUCGAAGUUAUUGGAUCUUAUUCUUUUAAAUGAACUUCUUAAAUUUAUUGAGGUAUUUAGUUUUGGCUUCAACAAUCAUUGUUAAAGAUAUUUUCAUCUCAUUUUAAUUUAAAUAUGCCCAUAAUAAAGUUAGGACAUGCAGUUUGACGUUAGGUAAAGUAUAUAUUUAUAACUGAAAAUAAAGUACACAUACAUGUAUUGUCAGUGUUAAUCAGUACAUACUCAUGUCUUUCACUUAUUUUAUACAUAUUCACCUUACUUUUCAUUCUGUUAUAUUUUUCUCAUUAAUAAUGCACAGUGUACAUUCAUGUAUCUCAGACUUAUAGAAUUGUUUUGUUUUGCUUUGUGUACAUAAAAGAUGUAUUAUAUUAAGUAUUUGUGCAUCAUAAGGUAGUAUAGCACAGCUUUCACUUCAUUUUACAAGUUGACAUUCCUGCUGUGUUAUUACAUCCUUCUAAGAGUCUGUCUUUCUUUCAAAUUAAAUUGAACUGGUAUGGUAAGCCUGAAAAAAAUGAAUGAUGUUUUUUUUUCAGAGUGUGUAUACAUCCAGCAUAUUAUUGAGAAAUGAAACCUGCUCAGUUCCGAGAUAUGUUGAAAGUUUUUUUUUUGGGGGGGGGGGGGGUUUAAAAGGGUCUGUAUGUCAAAUAUUUUUUUCAAAUACUGUAUUGGACAGAAAAUGGGGUAUUUCUAUUUUGGACUAUUAACAGGAGUAUUUUUUUUAUUUUAUUAGUAUAGAUUUUGAGCUGUUAGGAAAUGAUUUCAUAAUGCUUUGAACAGUAUAUUUGCAUUGCGUUUAUUUAGUGAUUGAUUUGCAAGUAGUGUAAAUGUGAUAAUAGUACAGUAUAUAAUGCGUCUCAAUGGGACACACUGAUCAGAAGUUAUGAACACCUUAACGAUAAUUGUCUUUAUUCUAAAAGGAGUAGGACAUUUACUUUCCAUGAUUCGUAAUACCCGGUAAAUCAUUCUUCAGUGGCUUUUUGUUGUUUUCAAUGAAACAACUAAAAAUAAAACUCUUUUAGUUCUGAUCAUGCAGUAAAACUCUAAAUAAAGUUUGAUACAAAUAUGUUGAUUUGAGAUUUAUUAUAUGCCAUAUGGAUCAGGUGUUAUGGAAAUUCAUGAAUGUACGUUUACAAUGUUAUUAUUCAUUUAUUACAUGUCUUGUUUAUCUUUACAUGGCUCUGUGCGGUUAAUGUGCCCAAAUUCAUUGUGGAUAAUUAAAAAAAAAAGGGUCUCUUUCUGAACACGAAAAUAGAAAUUUGAAAUACGUUUAGAUUGUUUUGGUCAGUCUAAUUUUGCAAGCUUAUAUACUAUUUCCAUAUUUGUAAUUUACUAUCACUAUACAGACCAUGUUUUUUGUCAGAAACAAAGAAAAGGUUUUUAUAUACACAAUGGAUCCACAUCAUUUAAUAUGUUGGAAGAGCUGGAAACCCAUGGUUGAUGUCUUAAUGUUGCAUAACUUUUUUUCUUCUAUUUCAUUGCAUGAUUUCGAUGAUUGAUAUUGAAUGAAUUGAUUAAUGCCAUUAAUGAUUAUAUAAAGCAAAUCACACAAUGACAACCUGUUUUAUAAAGAAUUGUGACCAUAUUUAUGAAAUAUGUUGUGCAAUGUGGUGAUGGAAAUCCUUGUUUUCUGGAAUCAUUUUGUUGUUUUUGGAAAUUGUUAUCAGUAUUUGGUCCAAAGUUGGUUAGACAAUCUAUUAAGAUUGAUCAUGAAAUAGGUCAAAGCUACGCAUACUAGUUUUGCCCUGACCGUCAAUUUUGGUUCCCCUUUGAAUAAUUGUAAUAUUUAAAAUUUAAUAUUUUCUUUGUAUUUUCGAAGCGAGAUAUAAAUAAAAGUUGUUUAGUCAAGAUAUUGUGUAAGAUGUCAGCAACUUUCUGCUACAUGCUAAAUGUAAAUGAAAAAUGUUAAUUUACAUUUGAAUUUUACAGUCAAAAGUCUUUGUCAGUUCAGAUUAGAAGAACCUGAAACUUUACCUUUGUUAUAUAUAUGAAUAUUAAAUUGGUUACAAAUUUCAGAGGAAAGGUGUGUAUAUUUAAUCCUGAUGUAUGUUUGGGGUAAAUUUUUCCAAGAAAAUGAAUGUACAGUAGUGUACCGGAACUUGCAUAUAUUUUUUCUGUUGGGAAUAAUUUUUAUAGAUGGUAUUGUUUUUAUAAAACUUUAUUUUAUUUUAAUUUAAAGCCUUGAAAGUACUGAAUCCCUUAGAGGCAAGCGCUUCGUGGCCCAUGGCCUCUCUUUGUUACACCAUUAGUAAAAAAAUGGAUAUUGAUAAUUACAAAGCUUGUGCCUACAUUGUAACAGUAAUGUGGUAUCGAAUCCUCGAAAUCUGCGUCGAAGAUCCAAAUUGGACAGAGAGAUCUUGCUUGAUGGGCAUUUAUGGGUCAAAAUGCAUUUUUUCUAUGAAAUAGAAUGCAUUUUUGUUUUGAUUUCAGGUCAUGUGCUAUGGCAGACACACAGUAGCCAAGUGUCUCAUUGUUCAAUAACCCUAUACCAUAUCACUGCUUAGUUUGUGACAAGUGCGUGCAAGACAUUUCUGUAAUUAAAGGUGAAAUAAAUAAUAUUCUGAAAUACAAA